AUGUCGAACGGCGUCGCGCGCAGCCAAGCUGUCAACGCGCUGCAGGGCCGAUAUCGGUACCACCGGUCGAUGGACGAGGAGCUGCAGGCCAAGCAGACGCUGAGCGCCAGAGACCCCGUGGACGAGAGCAGUCCGCGCAACGAGGCGACUGUGGAGACGGCACUUCGCUCGGGCUCCGGGUCGCACACCAUCCAGGUGCUGGUCGGCGGCCAGCAGCGCGAACUCAUCAUCGACACGGGCAGCGGCAAGACGGCGUUCGUGUGCGUGGGCUGCAACAACUGCGGCAGUAAACGGAGGCACGAGCCCUUCGUCUUGACGGGCAACACGACGUACCUGUCGUGUGACCGCUCCAUGACCCUCCAGACGAGCUGGGGCGAGCCUGCGUGCAUGGCCUGCGAGAACGGCAAGUGCAAGUACGGCCAGACGUACGUGGAAGGAGACCACUGGAGCGCCUACAAGGCGUCGGACAUGAUGCAGCUGUCGCCGUCGUUCGAGGCGCGCAUCGAGUUCGGCUGCAUCUACGAGCAGUCCGGCGUGUUCCUGGACCAGCCGUCGGAUGGCAUCAUGGGCUUCUCCCGUCACCCGGACUCCAUCUUCGAGCAGUUCUAUCGCCAAAAGGUGACGCACUCGCGCAUCUUCUCGCAGUGCUUGACUGAGGGCGGGGGCAUGCUCACGAUCGGCGGCGUGGAUCUCACAAGACACACGGAACCCGUGCGCUACACGCCACUACGCAGCACGGGCUACCAGUACUGGACUGUGACGCUGCAGUCGGUAUCUGUUGGCAAUCAAAGCAACACGCUGCAGGUGGACACCUAUGAGUACAAUGCGGACCGUGGCUGUGUCCUCGACAGCGGGACGACCUUCCUAUACAUGCCCGAGAGAACCAAGGAACCAUUCAGACUCGCGUGGAGUCGAGCGGUCGGCAGCUUCUCCUACAUCCCGCAGAGCGACACGUUCUACUCCAUGACGCCCGACCAGGUCGCUGCACUGCCCGAUAUCUGCUUCUGGCUCAAGAACGACGUGCACAUUUGUCUCCCUCCCAGUCGAUACUUCGCUCAAGUGGGGGAUGGCGUCUACACGGGCACCAUCUUCUUCUCUCCUGGUCCAAGGGCGACCAUUCUAGGGGCCAGCGUCCUGGAGGGCCACGACAUCAUCUACGACGUGGACAACAACCGCGUCGGCAUCGCCGAAGCGAUGUGCGACCAGCCGAUGCAGGCCGCGGUGGAGCUCAGCCUCGACCCUGGAGGCGAGAAAUUCCACGCCGAGUUCGACUACUCGCAAGCUCCGCAGUGGAUGUUCGCCAGUAUCACGCUCCUGGCGGUGGCUGGUCUUAUCAACGCGAUCUGGGGCGAGGAGUUCUCCUUCUUCUUGAUGCAGGAAGACGGCGACAGGCAGCCCUGUUAA